CAAUAAUUUGAUAAGGUUGAACUUUGACUGAUAAACUUAUUGAGAUAUAGUUAUAACAACGGUUAUCAAAACUCAACAAUCGCGAGCAUUCAUAUUAAGACUGUAUAAUAGUCAAGAACUCUUAACGUAUUAUUUUUUAGUAUUUAAUUAGUGUAAAAAUGUUUAAGUUAGUUAGAGAUAGUUCAAUUAGGAGUAAGGCGGCAAAUUACUUGAAACAGUUUAGAAAUGAAAAGAGGUUCCUUGCGACGAACCAAGAAGUGGUGCCUUCAGCCGAUGUUGUGAUCAUAGGGGGAGGUAUAGCAGGAUGUAACACACUAUAUCAACUGACGAAACGUGGAGUAAAUGCUGUGCUUCUGGAGAGGGCAAAGUUGACUAGCGGGACAACAUGGCACACAGCUGGGUUAGUGUGGUCGCUCAGACCUUGCGAUUUAGAAGUAAAACUCCUUCGGGACUCGAGGAAGGUCUACAGCGGCCUGGAGGAGGAAACUGGUGGUGAAUACUCCGGCUGGAUCAACAAUGGUGGCAUGUUUAUAUCGCGGAGUGAUGUUCGAACUCAAGAAUACAUGAGGCUGCACACCCUGGGCAAAGCUAUGGGAAUUCCUAGCGAAGUUCUGGACCCACACGAGGCUCAGAAGAAGUUCCCACUUUUGGACCCAUCGGUAUUUCAAAUGGCAUUGUUUGCGUCCGAAGAUGGGACAGUCGACCCUACGAUGGCAUGUAAUGCUCUUUUGAAGGUGGCUAAAAAACAUGGAGGAAAGGUGUACGAAGACUGCCCAGUGUUGGACAUCCAUUACACCCACAAUUCUCUCGGUAAUAAAGAAGUGACUGCAGUACACACGGACAAGGGUGUCAUCAAGACCAAAUGUGUCGUUAAUUGUGGAGGCGCCUGGGGACCUAGGGUAGCCAGAUACGCGGGUAUACCCAACCUACCGUUGAUACCUUUCAAGCACGCAUACGUGGUGAUGGACGCCACUCCUGAGAUCCGCAACUGUCCUAACAUCAGAGACCAUGAUGUGGACUUGUAUAUCAAGGUCCAAGGCGAGUCCUGCCAUGUGGGAGGAUAUGAAAGCAACCCACAUAUGCUGGAUCAGGUGCCGGACAACCUACAGUUCCACUUGUACGAGUUAGAUUGGGAUGUGUUCGGGAUCCACAUGACCAGUGCCACGAGCCUCUGUCCGAAGCUCGCUACAGUCGGUAUGAAGAGCACGGUCUGCGGGCCGGAGUCCUUCACUCCUGACCACAAACCAUUGCUAGGAGAGGAUCCUAAUGUCUUCGGUCUAUACCACAACUGUGGAUACAACUCAGCCGGCAUGAUGUUCUCAGCAGGAUGUGCGAUACAGAUGGCAGAGUGGAUAGUCACUGGAAGGCCCCACUACAACAUGUUCACGUUCGACAUCCGUCGCUUCACACCAGGCCAGAUGUCCCGAGCCCACUGGAUGCGGGAGAGUAGUCACGAAGCUUACGUCCGCAACUACAACAUUGUGUUUCCUCAUGAUGAGCAUCUCGCAGGCCGUGAUGCGAGCCAUGAUGCCUUGCAUCAGGACUUGGUGGAAGAUGGGGCUGUUAUGCAGUCGAGAGCUGGCUGGGAAAGACCGGCGUUCUUCUUGCCGGGAGAGAAGAUAAGAGUACAAAACUACGACUGGGGCGGCACUCGCGACCAUCCUAGGAACCUGGACCAGCGCUACGAAGAGGUCCUCAAGGGAGACUACUCCUUUGGCUUGUCUAAACAUCACGAACUCAUUGGUCAAGAAGCCCUGCAAUGCCGUAACGCAGCUGCCCUCUUCAACAUGUCGUACUACGGCAAGUUCUACCUGACCGGGCCCGACGCACAGCGCACCGCGGAGUUGGCGUUCACUGCUGAUCUCUCCAAACAUAACGAUAGAGUUGUCUACUCAUUGCUGCUGAAUGACAAAGGCGGUGUGGAAGCCGACGUCACAGUCACCAUCCUUGACGGCGGCAGUGGACAGUUACACGAGCCUAUUUUCAAGGGUCGGGGCUACUACGUAGUUACAAGUGGUUUCAGCGCGAACCAUACUCUAGCACAUCUUCGAAGGAUCAUCCAGACACACAAACUGAGAGCGAACAUCUCUGACGUCAGCAAACAACUGUGCAUCUUAAGUGUACAAGGACCUGACAGCCAGCGCAUUCUCCAGCGCUACACCGACGCCGGGCUUUCCAACGACGCGUUCCCAGUGAACACUCACCGCAGUAUCCACGUAUCUAAGGCACCGGCCUCUCCGGAAGACAAGCGCUACCGCUGCCGCGCCCUCAGGGUCACGUGGUCCGGGGAACUGGGCUGGGAGCUACACGUGCCCUCUGCACACGCGAUACCCGUGUACAGGGCGCUGAGCCGCGCUAAAGGCUUGAAAAAUGCAGGCUGGAGGGCGCUGACGUCAUUGAGCGCUGAAAAAGGUUAUCACUUAUGGAAUGCUGACCUGAGGACUGACGAUAAUCCGAUUGAAGCCGGUCUAGGAUUCACUUGUCGUAAAGAUGGCGAUUACAUUGGAAACGAGCACGUUGACAAGGCUAGGAGAAAUGGAGUCACCAAGAAAUAUGCUUUCUUCACACUUGAUGAAAAGAUUGCCCUGUUCGGACAAGAAGCGAUAUUCAGAAAUGGAGUACCAGUAGGAUACUUGAGAAGGGGAGAUUACGGCCAUUACUUAGACAAACCAAUCGGCAUUGGUUACGUCACAAACAACGGCUCAACUAUCACUAAGGACUUCUUAAUUGAUGGCGAAUAUGAAAUAGAGGCUCUAGGACAGAAACACAAAGCGACCUUGCACUUAAAAUCUCCCUUUGAUCCUAAUGGGCAAAGACUUCUCGGUAACUAUGGAGAACUUGGCAUGGACGAGAAUACCCAUGAACCUCAUGCUGGCCAAAAUGAAAGAGCAGGCGGUAGUGAAUAAAUACUUUUAGUGUAGUUAUGAUCUCAAUAAAUCUAUUACUUAUACGUAA